CACUCGCUCUCCUUAAGCUUUGUGGCGGGGAGGCUGCGGGAGAAUCUGGCGGGGGGAGAUCCAGACGUACCCCGGAUACACGAAGUGGAAGCCAUUUGUACGUCUUCACAUACAGCCAAAGUAUCUCCGCUAAAGUGAACUGAAGUCACUCCGGUGGGAACAGAAACCAUCCUCUGGAUGAAAAGCCGUUUUGAGAUCUAAAACAUUUCUUGGAGUUACUCUGGAGACAGAGACAGAAUGGAGACACAACUUUUAGCAAGUGAGGCAACUGAAAAAGAUCCUUCUGCUGUUCAGGAUGGAAGCUGUGGGGAGAUCUGGGCAAGAACUGGGCAGGAGAUCCUGGAGGAGGAAACCACCAUCCAUUCAGAAAUUCAGCCCUGCAACUCCAGGAGCAUCCAAGAGGUUGAGGGUCCCCGGGGACUUUUUAAUCAACUCCAUGCAUUUUCUACGCAAUGGCUGAAAAAGGAAAAUCACACCAAAAUGCAGAUGCUGGACAUGGUUGUUCUGGAGCAGUUCUUAGCCCUUCUGCCCCCAGAGAUGGAGAGCUGGGUGCGGGAGUGUGGAGCAGAGACCAGCUCGCAGGCGGUGGCCCUGGUGGAAGGCCUCCUGAGCCAGGUGGAGGAGCAGGAGCAGGACGAGUUGCAGAUCAUGGAUCUUGAGGAAAGGAAGAAUCUAAGAAAUCUCUCUCCAGAGCUGUUUUUCCGGAGGUUCUCUCAGGAAGAUCCAGGUCAGGACACCUCAGGAGGUCUUUGUAGUGGAGAUGAAGGAGUGGUUGGACACCCAAAUCAAGAAGGUUCCGUGGCCUAUGAGGAGGUGGCUGUAUAUUUCUCGGAGGAGGAGUGGUCUCAGCUGGAUCCUGAUCAAAAAGCGCUGUAUUGGGAAGUCAUGCUGGAAAAUCAUAGGAACGUGGCCUCUCUCAGCGAUGAUGGGCAGGAGAAUAAAGAUUCCUAUGAACCAUUACAAGGGAUAAUCGGUGAAGAGGGAAUGGAGACAUCUGCAGUUGGAAUAGAAGUAGAAAGAUGUGAGAAAAACCAGCCUGACAAUUGGAAUCAGGAAAGCUCAUCUUCCGUUGAUGCUCCAGUGCAAGACUUUGUGGUCCAACAAGAGGAAAUAAAGGGAUAUUUUGGGGAAAGUGUGAAGCAGAUCAAAGACGAAUUAGAUACAAAUGGACACUAUCCAUACCAAACUAAUGGAGAAGGUAAUAUAUUCACAGACAAUGGAAAAGAUUACAACUGGACAUUCACUUUUUCUCAGGGAAAUAGGUCUCCUACAUCUCAAAAAAGGACCCACAUGGAAGAGAAGCAAUCUAAAAAUUGGGAAUAUGGACAGACGUUUAGAAAAGGCAGUCAACUUACUUCCCAUAGCUGGAUCGAGAAGCCAUAUAAAUGCAGAGAAUGUGGCAAGUGCUUCAGAAGAUACAGUCAUCUAUGUUCUCAUAAAAGGACCCACAAAUCGCAGGGUCCACAUAAAUGCAAGGUGUGUGGGAAGAUCUUUCCUUAUCCCAGUAAACUUGUUACGCAUGAAAUAGUUCACAAAAAUGAGAAGCCAUAUAAAUGUAGAGACUGUGGUAAGAGCUUCAAGACAAGCAGGUGUUUCACUUCCCAUAAAAGAAUCCAUACGGGGGAAAAACCCUAUCAAUGCACAGAGUGUGGAAAGAACUUUCGGUUGAGGCAACAACUUACUUUACAUAACUGGAUCCACAAAGGGCAGAAGCCAUAUAAAUGCAGAGAAUGUGGAAAAACCUUUGCUUAUCCCAGUAAACUUACUACGCAUGAAAUAGUUCACAAAAAUGAGAAGCCACAUAAAUGCAGAGAGUGUGGUAAGAGCUUCAAGGCAAUCAGUUAUCUUACUAUCCAUAAAAGAAUCCACACAGGGGAAAAACCCUAUCCAUGCAUGGAGUGUGGAAAGAGCUUUAGGUCAAAUCAUCAACGUACUUUACAUAACUGGAUCCAUACAGGGCAGAAGCCAUACACAUGCAUGGAAUGUGGAAAGAACUUUUCUCGGAACAGUUCUCUUACUUUACAUAAAAGGAUCCACAAGGGAGAAGCCAUAUACAUGCACGGAGUGUGGGAAGACUUUUGCUCAGAACAGUCAACUUACUUCCCAUAAGAUGAACCAAUACAGGAGGGAAACCAUAUAAAUUCACUGACUAUGGAAUGGAUUUCUGUGAAAAUGCAUUGCUUAUAAAACAUAAAAGGACCCACACGGGGGAAAGCCAUAUAAAUGCAUGGAGUGUGAAAAGAGCUUUGCUUGGAACCAUCAACCUGGUCAUCAUAACAGAAUCCACACAGGGGAGAAAUCAUUUAAAUGCAUGAAGUGUGGAAAGAACUUUGCUCAGAGAAGCACUCUUACGUUCCAUAGCAGGAUCCACACAUGAGAAACAAUUUAAAUGCAUAGAGUCUGAAAAGAGUUUUGCUUUAGAAUCAUCAACAAUUGCCAUAACAGAAUCCACAUAGGGGAGAAACCAUACAAAUGCAUGACGUGUUGAAAAGGCUUCACUGCAAAUGACGAUCUUACUUUACACAAGAUGAUCCAGAAA